AUGAACUAUUUGACAGCGUGUUUUCGGCCAGGUUUGGAUCGAUAUACACGCCGUGGUUCAGAUGCUGGUGGUAAAAAGGAGGGACUCUUGUGGUACAAAGAUUCAGGGAAGCAUUUGAAUGGUGAGUUUUCAAUGGCUGUGGUUCAAGCCAACAACUUAUUGGAGGAUCAGAGCUAUAUUGAAUCCGGUAGUUUGAGUUCGAGUGGUUCUGGACCGUACGGUACGUUUGUUGGUGUUUAUGACGGCCAUGGAGGGCCGGAGACAUCGAGGUUUAUCAAUGAUCACCUAGUUUGUCAUCUCAAAAGGUUUACUGCAGAGCAACAAUCAAUGUCGGUGGAUGUAAUUCGCAAGGCAAUCCAAGCAACGGAAGAUGGAUUUAUGUCUCUUGUUACCAAACAGUGGUCCAUGAAACCGCAAAUUGCAUCGGUUGGAUCCUGCUGUCUUGUCGGUGUAAUUUGUAAUGGAACUCUUUAUAUAGCAAAUCUCGGUGAUUCCCGCGCUGUUUUGGGAAGAGCAGUCAAAGCAACCGGGGAGGUUUUAGCCGUGCAAUUGUCAACCGAACACAAUGCAGCUAUAGAAUCAAUAAGACAUGAACUGCGAUCUGUGCACCCUGGCGAUUCAAAUAUCGUUGUUUUGAGGCAUAAUGUAUGGCGCGUCAAGGGCCUAAUACAAAUAUCUAGAUCUAUUGGCGAUGUAUAUCUGAAAAAGGCCGAGUUCAAUAGAGAACCUCUAUAUCCAAAGUUUCGGCUUCGUGAGCCGUUCAAGAUGCCAAUAUUGAGCUCAGAACCAUCGAUAUCAGUUCACCAGUUGCAGCCACACGAUCAAUUUAUUAUAUUUGCAUCUGACGGGCUCUGGGAGCAUCUUAGCAAUCAAGAAGCAGUUGACAUAGUUCAAAAUAAUCCUCGCUCGGGAAUUGCAAGGAGGCUAGUGAAAGCUGCACUUCAAGAAGCGGCGAAAAAGAGAGAAAUGAGAUAUUCAGACUUAAAAGAUAUUGAUCGUGGGGUCCGUAGGCAUUUCCACGAUGAUAUCACCGUGAUUGUCGUGUUCAUCGACUCAAAUCUCAUGAGUAGUGCAAGCAAUGUUAAGUUCCCUACUAUUUCCGUUCGAGGGGGCGAAGCUGGUGCUAGCUGA